AUGGGUCAAUUUUUUGAGCGUGACAAAGGGCGCCAAAACCCUAGCAAAUGUGGUUUGCCGUUUUCACAAAAAAAUGGAAAAUGGCGUGAGAAAUGGUAUUAUAGAGUAAAAAUUAUGGGUGGACAGAACGUAAAAUUUGGAGAACAUCCAUGGACUGUAGCGCUUUUGAUACAAAAAGCUAAGACUUUAUGUACGGAUUCGCUUUAA